AUGGCCUUCCACCAUGCCACGGGGUUCGUGGUUCAUGGCGGCAACUUUACCAACGCGGACAACGCCUACCUCAUCUUUCCUCAGUGCCAUGCUCAUCAUGAACUCAAUCCCAUGAAGGCAUUGCUCAGCCAUAGUGCUAUCGAAGCUACAGACGAAUCCCCUUCCUUCCACUACCCCCUCGAGCCCGUUCACGCCCCUCGACAAGCCGUCAUCGACAUCUUCAUGGAAUGGGUUGCUGACCAUGGGGGUCUCCCCGUCUUCUGGCUGUCGGGUGCUGCGGGAGGCGGGAAGACCUGGAUCCAACAGAGGGUGGCGCAGCUGCUUCGUCAGGAUGGGCGACUGGCGGCGUCAUUUUUCUUUUCAGCAGAGUCUACCAACGCCAACAAUGGAAGAAAGCUAAUUACGACCAUCGCCUAUCAGCUCGCGUCGUCCAUCCCUGGCUUGAAACGCUAUGUAUGCAAGGCCAUCGACGACGACCCAGGGAUCUUCGAAAAGUCAUUGGAAGUCCAGUUGAGGACGCUGAUCCUCAAUCCUGUCGCCCAGCUUAGGUCUGAAGGCCGACGAGGGCUUUUUCAAAGGAUAUUCGAGCUGCCGUGUCAACGACGACAACGGCGUGCGGGAAAGCUUCUGCUACAACGGAAGAACCUAAUCCUCAUCGAAGCGCUCGACCAAUGUCGUCACGCCCACGAGCAGUCCCAUAUCCUCAAGCUCAUCGACACUGCCAUUAAGGAAGAACGUUUCCCUUUCCGGUUCGUAAUCUCGAGCCGCCCGGAGCGCGUCAUCAGGAACACCCUCGGCGGAGAAGAACUAAAAUCCCAUACGCAUCACGUUUGCUUGGACGACUUCCAGAACGAUAACGACCUGGCCUCUUUCUUUUACCACGCGUUCGCGGAGAUACGGGGUAAACAUCUGUCCUUGCCUCAAAGCUGGCCGCGCGUAAGGGACGUGCAUGCGCUGGUACAUGAAGCAUCGGGGCAAUUUGAGUACGCUGUAAAGGCCAUCAAGCUUAUUGAUGACCCAUACCCCGGCCAUUCCCCUUGUGACAUGCUCAGGCUUGUCCUGGAUUCUACUAGUCCCGAGCCAUUCAUGGGUCUGGAUCUAUUAUUCAACACAAUAUUCUCUGCAGCUCAGGUCGCGGAUAUACCGCUGCUGCGCCGUAUCCUCCAUAUCGUGAUGUGUACGCAAGCGACAUGGUUGAAUGCUAGCCUAUUGGAUAGCUUCCUCGAGUUCCCAUCCGGAACGACGGACAAGGUCCUCUGCGACCUCCACUCCAUCAUCAACAUUCCAUCCCCCGACAACAUAGACCCGUCUCGAACCAUUCGCUUCCACCAUCGCAGUCUUGAAGCCUAUCUCCAAUCACACGAGCGCUCUGGCGAUCUCUUCCAACCGCGCCGGGACACGCAGCGAGACCUUGUUGAACGCUCCGCUCACCACUUGGGGCAAUAUCACCAAGACAAUACGUUGGUCGACGAACAUAUCGUGCGUUUCUCGUCGUCAUUUCUCCAGCAAUACCUGCACCGGCCUGCCAACGCAGGAAGCAUUCCUGCCUUAGAACUCGUCGAUGAUCAUGAAGCCCAGUCACGGUUGCCAUCAGAUGCAACCAGGCUUUAG